CAUGAAGUCUCUCCUUAUUCUAGCACUCAGUGUUCAUCUGGCAUCGGCAGGUGUUCACACAGUGCAGUGGAUGUACGGCUGUGAACUGGAUGAUGAUGGGACCAAAAGAGGAUAUGAUCAGUACGGUAAAGAUGGAGAAAACUACAUCAGUCUGGACCUGAACACUCUCACCUGGACUGCAGCUAACGCUAAAGCUGUUAUCACAAAAGAGAAGUGGGAUAGUGAACCCUUGGCUCCUCAGAUGAAGAACUAUCUGGACAAUGACUGUAUCAAUUUGUUAAAAAAGUAUACAGGUGAUGGCAGAUCCACUGUAAAGAUGAGAGAACCUUCAGACCAGUCUCUGUUAACUAAGGUGAUCCUCUCUCCAGUGGAUUAUGAGUCUACAGAGAUGAAGUAG